AUGACUACUAGUCAAAUAUUCGUUAUGGUGACUUUGGUCUCAUUAUUGAUCCCUUCCAAUGCAUUGCUCACUCCUCAUUUUUAUGAUAAAGUUUGCCCUCAAGCUUUACGAGUCAUAAACUCAGUUGUUAAGCAAGCAGUUCUUAGGGAAAAACGCAUUGGAGCAUCACUCCUACGCCUGCAUUUCCAUGAUUGCUUUGUUAAUGGGUGUGAUGGAUCAGUUCUGCUAGAUGACACUAGGAACUUCACAGGGGAAAAGACAGCUCUUCCAAAUAUUAAUUCAAUAAGAGGAUUUUCUGUGAUUGAUGAAAUCAAAGCUGCUGUUGAUAAAGCUUGUAAGCGCCCUGUGGUUUCAUGUGCUGAUAUUUUAGCCAUUGCUGCUCGUGAUUCUGUAGCCAUAUUGGGAGGUCCACAACUUUUCUACAAUGUGUUAUUGGGAAGAAGAGAUGCAAGAACAGCAAGCAAAUCAGCUGCAAACGCAAAUCUCCCACCUCCAACAUUCAGCUUCUCACAGCUUAUUUCCAACUUCAAAUCCCAUGGAUUAGAUGUAAAAGACCUCGUAGCACUUUCUGGUGGCCACACCAUUGGAUUUGCAAAGUGCAGAACAUUUAGAACCCGAAUCUACAACGAAACAAACAUUGAUCCUAGUUUUGCAGCAUCUUUAAGAAAAACAUGUCCUAGAAAAGGUGGAGACGACAAUUUAGCACAACUAGAUUCCACUCCUAUAAAAGUUGACACAACAUAUUAUAGAGAUUUGAUAUACAAAAAGGGUGUUCUUCAUUCUGAUCAACAAUUGUUUUCGGGAAAAGGUAGAGAAAGUGACAAAUUGGUGCAACUUUAUAGUAAGAGUCCUUUGGCUUUUGCUAGAGAUUUUAAGAGUUCAAUGAUCAAGAUGGGGAACAUGAAGCCUCUUACCGGGACACAAGGUCAGAUUCGAAUCAAUUGCAGAAGGGUUAGAUAA